AUGUCGGUAUCCAUUGGCGACCUUGCUAAAGAUGAAAUGAGAAAAUGCGUCGACGCCCUUUUCAUCACGAAUUUGGAUGUCGACAUGCAAGAUAUCAUCGACUCAACAGGAGGCAUAGCUGAGGGAAACUGCCAGUGGAUCCGAUCUGAGGACAAAUGCCGAACGUGGCUGGAGUCUGGAAAGUCGGUAAUGUUACGUAUUUCCAGUGCCCCCGGCAUGGGGAAGACGAUGCUCUCCAUCUUCCCCAUCGAAGAGCUCAAGUAUCUCACUCAACGCUCAUCCGGAACUCUCGUCUUCCACUUUUGCAAUCGUCACGACCCGAGAAGGAACAAAGCGACAUUGAUCCUACGAACCUGGCUACACGAGAUUUUGGCAACGAACCCGGUUCUCGCCAAACAUGCUACCAAAUUCUUAGUACCCAGAGAGAGAAUCGAGUACACGUUGGGCUCACUCGGUACUCUGUGGCAUAUCUCCGCUCUUGUAUUGAACGGUCCCGACCUGGGCCCGUUUUACUGCAUGCUUGAUGGGCUUGACGAGUGCCCCGAAGGCGAUAGGAAAUGGCUUGUCGGAAAGCUUCAGGCACUUCUUGAAAGACCCUCUGGGAGUUGUCGUGGGUCUCCCAAUAUCUCAAAGUUUAUCAUUCUCAGCGGUGGUAUUGGAGGCGUUCGAGGAUUUCAUUACUUGAACUUGAACCAAUGUACAGGUAGCAAGCAGCGGGUUACGAAUCCUGGUUUCAUCUACACACCGCAGUAUCCUGGUGAGCGACCCGACGACACUUGA